CUUGAUCCCAGGACCCUGGGAUCAUGACCCGAGCUGAAGGCAGAGGCUUUAACCCACUGAGCCACCCAGGUGCCCCUAAUUAUCCAUUUAAUACAAAUUUCCUCUCCCAUGACUUGGAAACAUUAAGAGACCUUUCCUGCAAUGUGAGUAUUAAGCCAAACAAAGUACAUAAAGGUUUCAGCACAGGGUCCUUGGUUCCUGAUGACAACAGCAGUCAGGUUCCCAGGUGAGUUCAAAGACAGAGCCAUGGGGCACGCCCUGGAGGAGGCUCCACUAGUCUCAGCACCCCAGUGGGUGUGGGAGAGCCAGGAGGGGUUUGGGAGGCCCGCAGCGCUUUAAUGGCUCUGCUUACCGCCUCCUCGCCUCCUCGCUUGGGCCAGACUCAUCAGGCCGCAGUCCCCACCCUCUACUGUCUCUCUGCCCCACCCUGCCCCCACACACCUCUCAAGCCCUGUGUUCCUGUCUCUCAGAUCUGCUUUGGGCACAGUGAGGAAGCUGGGAAAGAUCCAAGGGCUGGGCAGUGAUACGAGGACCUGGCAGGUCUGGGGCAUACCUGGGGAAUUCCAAUCAGUCUUCCGGGUGCUCAGGAGCUCCCUUCCUUCUCCCCCCCACCACCCCAGUGUGAGCCAGGACACAGUGGGACCCUAGGCCACACAGUACCAGCUCCAGAAGCCCAGGACUGUGACCAGUGCAGCACAGCAAUGGCCAGCCCCCGGUACCCGGUGUCCGUGUGUGCAGCGGCCCUAGUCCAGACAGCGCGGCAUCAGGUGUGAUGGGGGCGGGGUGGGGGUGGUGUGUGUCCCUGCCACCCCCAAGGAAGAAGGGAGGAUUUCCUGGCCCAGACCCUCCAAGGUGCCCCCAACCUUUGUCCCAACAGACAUUUGCCUUCUCUGUGUGCUGGUCGGACGGCAGCGACACCUUCGUGCGCAGGAGUUGGGAGGAGUUCAAGAAGCUCCAUAAGAGCCUCAAGGAGACCUUCCCCGUAGAGGCGGGCCUACUGCGGAGAUCCGACCGCGUUCUCCCCAAGCUUCCCGGUGAGGCUGUUUGCAAGGCCAGGGCGGGGUGGGGGGGGAUCCCGGGAGGGGCAGGGGCGCCAGCGACCUGGUGGAGGGAACCCUGGGGCGGUCCCACGGUCCCUUCCCGUUGUGCCUGCAGACGCAUCGCUGUUGGUGCGUGGGGGGCGCACCGGCCGCGGCCUAGCUCGCCUGCGGCUGCUGGAGACCUAUUCCCGGACACUGCUGACCAUGGCUGCCCGCGUGUCCCAGAGCCCAGCGCUCAGCGACUUCUUUGCACCGCAACCCCUGGACCUGGAGCCCAGGCUGCCAGCCGGCAGGUGCCUCACUCAUCCCCAACUCCCAGCCCGCGAAAGUACUUGGGGGAUGGGGGAGGAGGGAAGACUGGGCGGGUUGGGGAGGGGCAGCAGGCCCUCACCACACAUCCUACCCACCCCUCGCUGCGUGCUACCCUUUCCAGUCUGGUGAUCCUACCAGCUCCUGAAGAGCCCCUAGGCCGCCCGACAGACACCCUGGCCAUCCGUGGCCUGGAGGCUCAGAGCCUGCGAUGCCUGCAGCCCUUCAGCACCCAGGACAUGCAAGGCCGCCCUUUCCACACUCGGGCCCAGGAGGUCCUAGACGUGCUGCUGCGGCACUCCUCAGGCUGGUGGCUGGUGGUGAAUGAAGACCAGCAAACAGCGUGGUUUCCUGCUCCGUACCUGGAGGAAGCAGCCCCCAGCCCACAACAGCAGCCCUUAGGGAGCAGAGGGUCUCAGUUCUGCGCUUCCCAAGCCUAUGAGAGCAGCCACGCAGAUGAACUCUCCGUGCCUGCUGGGGCGCGGGUGCGCGUGCUGGAAAUGUCGGAUCGCGGCUGGUGGCUCUGCAGGUUCGGCGGGCGCUGCGGUCUCCUCCCCGCUGUACUGCUGCGACCAGAGGGGCUGGGCGCGCUCCUGAGUGGGUCAGGGCUCCACCGCCAGGAGGACAGUGAAGAGGCCAGGGUGGGAGAUCCCCAACGUCUCCCUGAGAUCCCCCAAGGCACAACGCUACCCCCUAUGGUGCCCGCCCACCCUCCGCUCAGCGCCAUUCAGACCCGCUGCUGCACCAUCACCCGCAGGGCGCUGGCUCGGAAGUACCCUCUCCAGGGCAUGUGGAGCUGCGCAGAGGGCAGGCCCAAAGCUCCAGACCCCGGGGGUGACUGACGCUGGGUGACUGACGCUAGCCGGGCCACCGCCACCACAGCCGUGGGAGGAGUAUCCGAGGGUCGGACCUCUGACUGGUGGGGCCAGGAAACCAACCUCCCCCAUGUCCCUAGUAAAGCUCUUCCACUGAGGCACAAGCUAGUAUCUGUGCUGAGGGGCAGGGUCUGCUGGGUCUUGGCAGGGCUGAGGCGAGACACAGUGCACACACGGGAAGUC